CAGAAAUCGUUAAAAAUUGUGGCUGCAGGUGUAUUUUCUAUGAAGAUGAUCUGAUUUUGACAUCGGAACAAUUUUUCGACGUACAAUUAGCACUCUACAUGAUUCAACGACAAUAACUUACAGGAGUCACCUUGACUACUCAAAGCAGCCCCAGUCAGCACUUCAAUUAGCGAAAACAGAAGUGUAUAAAACAAACGAAUACAUUAGCUGCCAAAGUGGACAUAAGAAAAGUAUCAUUGAGCGCCCAUAAACUUUUCUGAUCCACGGUUCUCCCCUCUGCAACGCAUGGACUACGACAUUUCGCAAAAAUGCCAGGUUUUCCAGUCAGAUUUUGAGGUUAUUUUUGGAAAAGAUGGUGUGGAACAUCCAAAUUCUUGUCAAACACUCGACUACGUGAACAUCCAGUGGGUAACGACCAUCUAAAUAUCAAAAACUCAAUUGCUAUUCAAAGACCAGCCAUAGGCAGCUAUUAUGUUAAUGGACUCCAUGACAAGCUUUGUCAAAAUGAAAACUGCUAUAGUCCAAAUCAAGAACGUCAAUGUCGAUUUUGCGGCCAGAGUACAGAUAACUACACGCAUCUACUUUCACUUCGAACCAAGGUGUUGCCACGAGAACGCGUGAUACUGCUACUUUCUCAUAGACUCAAAACUCUAUAGACUUGAAAAUUUAAAACAUAUUUGUCUCUUUAUAGAUAUGUUAUAGUUUAUUUAUUUAUUUAUUCAUACAAAUACACGUCUAAUUCUGAUAAGCGAAAAUCGUCUGUCUGAUUUUCGUUUUUUCAGUUGUCGUGAAAAUAAAAAUUGUUACCUGUCAUGCAUACCUAAAUCGAAAAUUUAAAAAUAACCAUGUUAGUCGAAACUGGCCCCUCCGAGUUCGUCCAUUUUGGUAAAUAAGACCCUUAAUCGUUAAAAUCAUCAGAUCGUACGUCAAAACUGCUCCAGCUAAAGCUCGUUGGUAACCUGCAUCUUCAGGUCAUUCUGUUCGAUUGGCGUAUUUAAUUGUAUCGCAAGUCGCGCAAAGCUUCGCUUGGUCUGCGUAAGUGAAAAUUUUUUUGCUCCUUUGAUUCUUUCAGGCUACUUUGCUACAUCGUUGAAGGUGCUUAGUUCGAUUGUUACAGAUAUUGCUAUGAUAAAUUUUUGAUUAAGAAGUCAUGUUAUCGUCGGAGAAUUUUACUAAAAUUGACGAAGAAUUUGAUUCUUUGUUGCUUCAAAUCAAACCCUAUGUGAUGGGAAUGGUUGAUAAAGAUGAAAGACAAAAAUGUGCUUCCUGGAUCAAAAAGUUGUGUCAGUUUACUGAAUCCUCAGCAUGGGAAAAGAAAAACAGGAAUAGUUACGCUCAACUGCUGUUUCAUUUACUAAAACGUGGAAAUUUGAAUGUUGGUGUUUUUGCGCUGAAUCCUCCAGAAGGUGCAUUAGAGCUAAUGUCGACGUCGUCCGCUCAGAGCUAUUUGAAUCCUACGCAUGAAGCGCUUAAAGCAGCAUCCUUCGCAGCAGCGAAUGUGAAAAGUAGUACACCGUCAUGGGUUGACACAGAACUGAAUGACACAACAGCUUCUCAUCUUGGACGUAGAAGCAACAGCCCGAAACGCACCACAUCUCUGAGGUAUGACCGUGGCAACUACCAGUCGUCGGGAUCAUCGGGUGUGAACAAUUAUCGAGGAUCGGGAAACAAAACACCUGAAUUGAAUACUGUAAGCGAGGCACAGCCGGAUUAUUACGACUAUAGCAGCUCUCUUUCUUGGAAGUACUUAGGCUCAAAUGCCAAUCGGCCAUCGUCUGCAGCCAGUGUUCCGAUAGGUAGAGGAGACAUCUAUGAUGGAGAUCAUGAAAUGACGUCAUACAAGGGUGUGGCCCAAAGUAUGGUGGAUGAGGCUAAACGGCAGUCGAUUCAUAAGUUGCAUGAACAAGAGAUUCAAUCUCAAAAGAAGACUUACGACUCAAAGCUUUUGGAAGAGAAGAAAAGUCUGGAGGCUCAGUAUGACAGGGAACUGAAAAGACUUGUGGAAAAGAAAAACGAAGAAGUGGAAAUGACACAUGCUCAGUACAGAAAAAAGAUAACAGAAAUGGAAUCGAAGACAAAAGAACUAGCAGGAAAACUGACAGCUUUAACGCAAGAGGCAGACGCAAUGAAAAGAGGCAAAGAUCGCCAGAUAGCAGAAAUCAAGAGUCUCGCUCACUCUAACCUCGAGACGCUUCAGAAAGAGUACGAAAACAAAAUUGCAAACUUGAACUCACAUUUUGAAGAAGAUAGAGAGAGGCUGGAACAAGCACAUGCAGACAGUAUUCAGGAGCUGAUUGAUGAUACAAAUAAGAGGUUGCAUAAAAUGGAACAUGAGUAUACGCAGCAACAGACGACCACAGCUAAGCUAGUGGAGGAGUUGGAAUCUCGUAUCAAUUCUCUCACAGCCGAUAUCGAUCGAACGAGAGAAGAGAAAUUUGACCUUGAGCGAAGGAACAUGGAAUUGGAGUACGAGUGCAGAACUCUGAACGAUGGAUUCCUGGAACUGAAAACGAGACUGGAGAAGUUUGAGCACAAGUACAUGGAUACAGUGGACUCCAUGCGGAAGGACAAGCAGGAGACAGUGAACAAGUAUGAGAACAGCUGUGAGAGUCUGAAGAAGACACAUGCGGAGAAGGUGGAUGAUAUGAUGCAGAAGAUAUGUGACAUGGACGACAGAAUGCUGGAGAUGAAGCAGAAACUACAGGAUGCUACCCUGGAUGCAGAUCGCAAAAUCAAAGAAACGCAAAACAAUGCCAAGACUGAACUCCUCAGCUGUCAACAGGGCUACGAGAAGAAGCUUAAAGAGCUGCAGCUCAACUAUGACCUUGACGUGAAAGAACUGCAGUCCAAAUUGUCCAGAUGUGAGGAAGGCGUGAGCGAAAAGGAUACUGAGAUUGAGAAGUUGCUACAAAUGCACAAGAGAGAAAUGAACCAAUCACAGUCGGCCUUUGAGAAAUUCAGAAAACAGGUGGAUGCUUCGCAUAAUCAAGUUUAUGAAGAAAUGAGACGACAGAUAGAGAGAAUAGAAAGCGAUUUGAACGAAUCUAAAGUGACCAGAGAACAACAGGCGAGUGAGUAUGAGAAGUCCCUGAAUGCUCUCCGAGGGAAUCAUGAGAAAACAAUAGACGAGAUGAGAGCGAAACAUGAAGAAGAGAAGGCCAAGUGGGUUAAGGAUAUGUCACACGAGCGUGAACAGCUGAGUGCGAAGCAUGAUGAAAGUCUGGAAAACCUGAGAGUGAAGUUGGAACAGAGGAUUGCUAAUAAUGAAAUCGCACACAAGACUGAAAUGAAGAAACGUGAGAAGUAUCUGUCUGAAGUGGAGUCUACUAGAGACAAACUGAGAGAGGAGAUUAAUGAGUUGGAGUCAGUGAGGAAGCAGCAGUUGAUGGAGGUGGGGCUGAAGAUGGAGCAGCUGAGGACCAAGUUUAACUCGGACAGGGAACUCAUUGCGGCCAAGUGCAGAACUGUAGCCGAUGCAGAGAGGAAAGACUUGGUGGAAAUACACGAAAGAGAACUGAAAGACAUGCUGCUGCGAAAUGCUGAAAAGGAGACGCAAAUCGAAUCGGAAUGGAGAGCUAAACUCAAAUACGCCGAGGAAAACAACGCGCAACUGCAAACAGAAAUUGAAACAUGGCGCAACGAGGCAUUCAGGGAACAACAAGAACACGAAACGAAGAUAGAACAGCUUAUGAAACGAAAAAACGCAGAGCUGACUAAAAUGAGGAAUGAACACACGCAGAAGGUUAAUAAUAUUAUAAAUGACCUUGAAAGCACACAGUUCAAGGUCAAGUCACUGGAGAAACGACUGAUAGAGAGAGAAUCGCAUUAUGAACAUGAGAUGAACCAACUUGUCUUAACUCAUAAUGCUAAAAUGAAGUCAAUGUUGCCGGCUUCAGUUCGACAAGAAUUAGAAGCGACUAUUGAAUCGUUGAAGUCUCAAGUUCAUUCGCUGCAGCAAACUGUUUUGAUUCUUCAGAGUGGCUCAGGAAAUAUUAGGUCUUCAUCAUCGCCGUUGCAGCUAACUGCUUAUAACCAGAAAGCUAAAUUGUCAUCCGGUAAAUGGAAUCACGAUAAAGAGAAAGAAAAUGGAGAAAACGGUUCAGAGAUUCUAGACAGUAGCUGUAAAGAUAUUUUGUAGAUGUGACAACCGUAGUGUAAAUUGAUUAAUGUCAAACCUGUACAAAUUUUACAAAUGUCUUUUUGUUUGCUUUCUAAUGGUCUUGCCAAUUUUGCUCAUAGAGGAAUAGAUGAAUCGUUUUGUAUCGUUUUCAC